UAGCCUUUCAACUCUUUCUUCCCCUACACUACUACUCUCUUCUCCCACCAUCUCCCCAUGCCACCGAAAAGCCAAAGACUGAUGUGCGCUUAAAGGAGAUAAUUAAGGUGGAAUAUGGGUGGACCAGUGAUGCUGCUGAUAGUCAUGGCUCAAGUGUUGUUGUUGUUGUUGGUCGGGUUAACGUUGGCGUGGGUGUGCCAAGGGCAGAGCUUGGUCCCUGGGGUCAUCAUCUUCGGGGACUCGGUCGUCGACGUCGGGAACAACAACCACCGCCUCACCCUCGUCAAGGCCGACUUUCCCCCAUAUGGGAGAGAUUUUAUCCACCACACUCCCACUGGAAGGUUUUGCAAUGGCAAGCUAGCCACCGACUUCACAGUGGAGAACCUCGGGUUCACUUCAUAUCCACCAGCAUAUCUUAGCGAACAGGCCAGGGGGAAGAACCUCUUGUCUGGUGUCAACUUUGGCUCUGGUGCCUCCGGCUACCUGGAAAGUACAUCGAUCCUCUAUAAUGUGAUCUCGCUGGACCAGCAACUGAGGAACUACAAGGAUUACCGGUCCAAGGUGGAGAGGAUCGCAGGGAGGACCAAUGCGACGGCCCUCUUCACCGGCUCCAUCUAUGUGGUGACUACGGGUACCAGUGAUUACGUGCAGAACUACUACAUCAACCCCUUGCUUAAUAGGGCCUACAAUCCGGAUCAGUUUGCCGACUUGCUCGUUCAGAGAUUCAACACUUUCAUUGAGGUUCUAUACAAUAUGGGAGCUCGGAGGAUCGGGGUGACGUCGUUGCCGCCGCUGGGCUGCCUUCCAGCGGCCGUCACACUGUUUGGGGGCGGCAGCAAUGACUGCGUUGCUCGCCUCAACGAUGAUGCAAUUGUCUUUAACAAGAAGCUCAAUGCAGCCGGCCGGGCCCUGAAGAAGAGCCACCCAAAGCUGAAGCUGGUCAUCUUAGACAUCUACAAACCCCUCCUCGACCUCAUCAGGCACCCUGAAAAUAAUGGGUUCUUUGAGGCAAGGAAGGCAUGCUGUGGGACCGGAAUCAUCGAGACUUCUUUCCUGUGCAAUGCGGGGUCACCGGGGACGUGUGCCAAUGCCACCGGGUAUGUGUUCUGGGAUAGCUUCCACCCUACAGAGGCUGCCAACCAGGUCUUGUCAGAUGCCCUCUUCAUCCAAGGCAUCGAUCUCAUCUCUUAAAACAAUGCAAAAGUAUUCAUGAUGAUCUACUAUCAAUUUAUCCUUAUCCUACCAUCUCAAAUUCCGGAGUUGGAAAAUUAUGUUAUGUUGGAAAUUUUACUAGUAUUAAUUAUGAUAAUGAAAAGCCGGUGGCUAAGCUCUA